GGUGAGGCUUAAACCAGCAACGUUCAGCCAGAUCUGUAUCAGAAAAUAAAAAAAAUUAAACUCAACCAGGAUUUUUCUGGCAGGACUUUGUUUCAGUAGUGUGUGAAAGUUGUCUUGCACUGGCGUGUCUGUAUAUGCUGAUGAACUACUAAUGGAAAACCACUUAAAAAUAAUGAACAAUUAAAGUCAAAGUAAACUUUAUUGUCAUUCAGACUAUACUAUAGAGUGUUGUAUGACACAGCUGAACGAGAUUGCGUUUCUCAAACUCCAAUGUGCAAAUAUAACAAGAGCAUAUAGAUGUAAGACAACAGAAAGACAUACUAGACAUCGUUUAGUUAAGUAAUAGCUGCAUUAUGAAGAUAUUAACUCCAAUAAAUAUGUUUAGACAGUCUGUGUGUUUAGGAGUUGUGAUAGGCUGGCAUGUAGUGUAUUGUUAAUAAAUUUAGGUAGUUUGAUGGCCUGAUAGGCUGGUAUGUUGUGUGUGUUGUUACAGGGAGUUGAGUAGUCUGGUGUCUUGUGGAAAGAAGCUCUUGCUGAGUCUGGUAGUCUUGCAUCGCAUGCUGUGGUAGCGUUUGCCAGAGGUCAGAAGGAUGAACGGUCCAUAGGUCAGAGGUGCAGGGCGUCCCCCUCAUGAACUGGAUCGCCAACAGCUGGAGCCUGAUUUCAGCCUUCCAACCAGAUCCUUCUGAUUUACUCAUCGCUACCUACCCCAAAGCAGGAACUACCUGGACUCAGGAGAUUGUGGAUCUGCUGCUGCAUGAUGGAGAUGCCGAGGUUUGUAAGCGAGCACCUACUGCUGUACGCAUCCCGUGCCUGGAGAUCCAUUUUCCUCCCCCAGUUCCUUCAGGUCUGGACGCACUCAAAACAAUGAAACCUCCAAGAGUCAUCAAAACACACCUGCCCAUACAGCUAGUGCCUAAAGGAUUCUGGGAAAAUAAUUGCAAGGUGAUUUAUGUGGCUCGGAACGCGAAGGACAACCUGGUCAGCUAUUACCACUUUGAUCGAAUGAAUCAGACUCAGCCUGAACCAGGUCCCUGGGACCAAUACAUCCACAAGUUCAUGAGGGGAAAAUUGUCAUGGGGCUCCUGGUACGACCAUGUGAAAGGAUACUGGAGGGAAAAAGAAAACAGGAACAUCCUCUACCUGUUCUUUGAGGACAUAAAAGAAAACCCUCGUCAAGAGAUAUUAAGGAUCAUGCACUACCUGGACUUGUCACUACCUGAUGACAUAAUUAACAAGAUUGUGCAGCUGACAUCUUUUGAAGUGAUGAAGGACAAUCCGAUGACCAACUACACCUUCAUUCCAAAGACAAUGUUAGACAGUUCCAUCUCUCCCUUCAUGAGAAAAGGUGAGGUUGGAGACUGGAUUAAUCAUUUCACCCCGGCUCAAUCCGAAAUGUUUGAUGAGGACUACACGAAACAGAUGGCGGAUGUGGACAUUCCCUUUCGUACCAGCAUAUAAAUCAGUUACAGAUGAUGAGCGGGAGCGUGUUAGCACCAGUAACAUCAACACUGUGCUCUGGAUAUACAAUUACAGACGUGAUGUUUCACACGUUGCUUUUGCUGUUUAACAAAACAACAUAAACAAAUAUGGAUGGGCAGUUUAAUUUUUCCUUCCUCUCUCUAAUUACCUAAUUAAUAUAAUCGUCAUAUAAUCACAGUCCGAAGGUUUUAAAUAAUAUGUUUAGCCUAAAAUAAAUAAGAAAGUGCAGUACAUCUUAAACAGAACGUUUUAGAAAUAUGAAAUCCUGUUCUUGAUUAUUUUGAUGAUAUAAAAUCUGGACACCCCUGUUUGAUGGCCUUGUGUGAUUUCACCGUCAGGUGGCGCUAAUGGAGUUCUAUAAUGAUGGGUUUGAGCAACAAUACACAGUUUGUGUUCCUGUUUUACACUUAAUAAUUACCAUAUACUAACAAAUAAUACUUACAAUAUGUCUAUAAUUAUGCAAAUGAAUACAGCAAAAUCAGACAAUCAUGUCACUGUAAGCACUUCCACAUGUUCUCUCAUGUUUACCUCAGUUCAAACCUGGGAAACAGUUCUGAAAUCAGAUCUAAUAUGUAAUUUUCUCUAAAUAA